GCGACUUCUGUGACGUCAACACGUGGUGUCCUCGUGGUUGUCGGCUUACUGUCUCCUUCAUUUUCCUCUCACUCUAGUCGUAAAAUGGGCGAAGUACAACGCAAAAAGGGCUUCGAUCCUGUCUCUUUCGGCAAGGAUCUACUAGUAGGUGGCGUCGCAGCCGCCAUUUCGAAAACAGCCGUCGCUCCCAUUGAACGGGUCAAGCUCAUUCUUCAAGUACAACAUGCUUCAACUCAAAUCACGGAAGCGCAGCGUUAUAAGGGCAUUGUCGACUGUUUCGUGCGCAUUCCUCGCGAGCAGGGCUUCUUCUCACUUUGGCGUGGCAAUUUCGCCAACGUCCUGCGUUACUUCCCGACGCAGGCUCUCAAUUUUGCAUUCAAGGACACGUACAAGUCCUGGUUUCUCGACGGUGUCGACAAGAAGAAGCAGUUCUGGCGCUACUUUGCUGGGAAUUUGGCAUCCGGUGGCUUGGCCGGUGCUACAUCGCUCUGUUUCGUGUAUCCGUUGGACUUCGCGCGUACACGUCUUGCUGCUGACAUCGGGAAAGGAGCCUCUGAUCGGCAGUUCAAUGGGUUAGGAGACUGUCUGGUGAAGAUUGUCCGCAGUGACGGGGUUCGCGGUUUGUACCAAGGAUUCUUCGUUUCCGUUCAGGGUAUUAUCAUCUACCGAGCUGCUUACUUCGGUUUCUUCGACACCGUCAAGGGCAUGCUCCCCAGCAACAUCAAGCCCAACUUCUUCCUCUCCUGGGCCAUCGCUCAAACGGUCACCACAGUCGCCGGAAUCAUCUCCUACCCGUUUGACACUGUCCGUAGGCGCAUGAUGAUGCAGAGCGGGCGAUCUGAUGUCCUAUACAAGGGCACCAUCGACUGCUGGAGAAAGAUCUACCAGAACGAAGGCGGCCGAGCGUUCUUCAAGGGUGCAUUCUCAAAUGUCCUUCGUGGCACUGGAGGAGCUCUAGUAUUGGUGCUGUAUGAUGAAAUCAAGAAGUACUUAACUUAACUUAAGCAUAUAGUAGCGCACGCUGACUUUAGUUGGUACGUAAUUAUGAUGGGUUGAGAUCUAUGUAUUUUUCAGCGAAGGAUUAUGUGAUAGUAUGGUGAUUUGGUCAGCGUAUUCGUGUUCGGGAUACACCUGGGUAUUCUUAUAUGCAACAAACUUGUGGAAGCAAC